AUGGUGAACCGACGCGCUAGCGAUGCAGCGGCUCCCCCAACUCAAACACCCGUUGCAACCGUCGCCAAGCGAAAACGACGUGCUUCGUGCCUAGGAGAACAAGAGCGUCGCGAACGGAAAAGAGCUAUUGACCGUGAAGCUCAACGCUCACUGCGAGAAAAGACCAAAACUCACAUCGCGGAAUUAGAACGAACAAUCCAGAUACUUCGCGAUCAGGAUCGUAAUGGGGCUACGGCGAGUCUGCUCUCCGAGAUUGAUAAUCUACGGGCAGAAAACGAGCAGUUGAGGGAUGUCAUCGAUAGCGUCAAAAGCGUGGUGGGACUGGACCUUGGGGUGUCGAGCAAGACCGCUGCGGCGAUCGUACCACCAUCCCUCGCCGAUAAUGGUGACGAUGGGGACGCUCCUUUUGCUGCAACGAGUGCCGGGCAGCAAUCGCCUAAACCACGCACUAUCUCGUCUAGCAGUACGACGAGACCAUCUCUGCCGACGUCCAUCGACCAGCCCACCGCCCAUAUUCCGUCUGAAACAAUGCGCUCGCUCGACCUUGAUGGUAUGACAGUGAUGCCAGAUCUAUUUAUGUCGCCUGUGGGGUCGAAUCAACAUCUGGGCUUGGAGCCCGCUCUCCCGCUUGUACACAAGAGCUCAGCAGAAGAAAAGGUAGAAGACCAGCACUGGGCCAACGCAUCAGCUACAGCAACAUGGGCGCCCAUGAUGGAAGAAAUUUUCGGCCCAAACUGGCGUUGUCCCUCUCCAACAAUCCUCCACAUUGGCAACCCAGACAACCCCACCCCCCUGGCCUCAUCCUCCAUUUGCCCUGUUUGGAAAAAGAGCAACGAACUCUUUGGCAAAGUCUUCACCUACCAUCGUCGUUACUCAGGCAAUUCUAACAAGUAUUCAUCUUCAUGCCACAAUCUAGUGCCGGCCGAUAUCGCAGAAGCAGGACUUCUAUACGUUGGCAUCAAGCAGGGUUGGAACAGUUUAGCCUCGUCAGAAUGGAAGAAAAGUCCUGCGCUUACCAUUCUGAAACAGGUCGACGAGUUACUGUUUGUCCAUUUACCCAAUGUAGAGAGGCUGGCUGUGGCGUAUAAGAGCUUCAAACUGCUCAAGUAUUAUCUGAACGCAAGAAAAGAAGAAUUAGACAGAGUACCCGACUGGCUCCGUCCAAGUUUCUCACAGUCAUCCACCGCCCACCCCAUCGCCCUUGACUUCUUCGCCUGGCCCACCCUCCGCUCCCGCCUCUUGAACAACCAUGCCACGAUCUUCCAAAACACCGAUCUCUCAUGCUGUUACUCGCGCUAUCUGCGCUUCGACUGGCCGUUUCCCAUUGAAGACGCUUUCUUCCUUGACGAUAGCAGUGGAGUCCAUUAUCCUAGUCCUCUGUUUGAGCGAUAUCACGGGGAUCUAAAGUAUUGGUCAGUAGACGAGAAGUUCUUCGACACGUUUCCGGAGAUGAAGGGGGAUAUUGAGGGGGAUCGAUGUAGGGGAGGAUGA